AUGCGAGGAUCCAAGCGAAGGUCCUGGGAAGUGUCUCCAGGAGAGUCUACAGAAAGAGAAGGGAGGAUCCAAGCAAGGAUCCCGACGAGAGGUCCCCGAAAGAUCCUCGAACAAGGUCCCGGAAAGAGUCUCCCGGAGAGUCUCCAAAAGAGAAGGACGAAUCUAAGCAAAGGUCCCGACGACGGUACUGGGAAAGGUUCCGGAGAGGUUCCCGGAAAGAGUCUCCCGGGAGAGUCAACAGAAAGGCAAAAGAGAGAUUGCAAGGUCGCACGAUUUUACCUGAAUUUGAAAGGAGGAUGGUACCGGAAACCGUUACCGAUGGAUUGCAACGAGUCUCAAGGAGAGCCUGAGAAGGGUUCCAUGCGAGGAUCCAAGCGAAGGUCCCGGGAAGUGUCUCCAGGAGAGUCUCCAAAAGAGAAGGGGGAAUCUAAGCAAGGAUCCCGACGAGGUCCCCGAAAGAUCCUCGAACAAGGUCCCGGAAAGAGUCUCCCGGAGAGUCUCCAAAAGAGAAGGACGAAUCUAAGCAAAGGUCCCGACGACGGGGCAACGGACGAAAUCCCCCGGCGCCGUGCGCCACCUCGAGGACCGGCAACAGCCCCAGCUAGAGCACCGCCAAAGGUCGCAGCUAGACCGGCAAAGGCCCCAGCCAGGGCAACGACGAAAGCGCCACCUCGAGGACCGGCAACAGCCCCAGCUAGAGCACCGCCAAAGGUCGCAGCUAGACCGGCAGAGGCUCCAGCUAGGGCAACGACGGAAGCGCCACCUCGAGGACCGGCAACAGCCCCAGCUAGAGCACCGCCAAAGGUCGCAGCUAGACCGGCAAAGGCCCCAGCCAGGGCAACGACGAAAGCGCCACCUCGAGGACCGGCAACAGCCCCAGCUAGAGCACCGCCAAAGGUCGCAGCUAGACCGGCAGAGGCUCCAGCUAGGGCAACGACGGAAGCGCCACCUCGAGGACCGGCAACAGCCCCAGCUAGAGCACCGCCAAAGGUCGCUGCUAGACCGGCAAAGGCCCCAGCCAGGGCAACGACGAAAGCGCCACCUCGAGGACCGGCAACAGCCCCAGCUAGAGCACCGGCCAGAGGUCGCCAGCUAGACCCGGGUAGCAGGCUCCAGGUCUAG